AUGAAAUUAAACAAUUCUAAUAACAGCAACAGCACUACUCUAUGUGCUUUUGCUUUUAUUGCAUGUUUGAUUUGUAUUCUCUUGUCAGUCAACUCUGCCACAUGCAUGUCCUUAACUGACUUGGACACUGUAAGACGUACUCUUCUUGUAAAUGUUACUGAUAUCCCAUCCUCUGCUGCUGGUUACUUCUUUGCCCAUGGCUCCAACGCUGUUCCACUAAUUGUUGCUGGAACCACACCUGUGGCCAUGGCUGCAACCUACAAUUCCAAUCCAAGUAGUGGAAAGAUUUGUGCAUUUGGCCACAAUGGUUAUGCCACAACCUCAUCUACAACCUCUAGUUUGGGUAGUUUACUUGUUAAUUGUGCAAAAUGGGCCUCUGGCAACAAACAACAAACCAAAUAUUUACUUCAUGGUGUCAAUGGUGCUUCUUUCUAUAAUCAAAUUCCAGGUUUCGUCCAAAAUAAGACAACUAGUGCAUUCGAUACAACUAUUCUUCCAUUGGAAACAGUUGACUUGGUCAUUAUGAAUCUUAACAGUGUUGGUCAAGUUACUCCUCAAAUGCAACAAAUGAUGGAUGCGUUCUUGGCCAGAGGUGGAGGAAUUAUAGUUGUUUCCACAGCAUGGGCACACUCCUUGCAAGGAAAUCAAUUCCCUGGCAAUGUACUCUUUGCAAAACUUGGUGUCUCUUUCUAUACUUACUAUUUUGCAAGUGGUGCCUUUGUUUCCUCAUUGAAUAUUCCAAUUUCGGAUAUGAAUCCGUAUUUCAAAUUGGUUCAGAUUGAGAAUCAAUUUGCUGUGAAUGCUUCAUUAAUUCAAAGUUCUGAUGUUCAAGCUGUUGGAAAUAUGUUAUCAAAUGUUUAUGCAACUCUCCAACAACCAAUUAGUCCAAAUUCUAUUGAAACUAUUGGAAAGGCAAAAUCUGUAUACGAAUCUGUAUGUACAGGAGUUGAAAUCAAGUUUCCUGUUUCUUCCAACAUGCCUAAACUUUGCAUUUUCAUGAUUGACGUCUUGAAUGAAGCUAAAGUUUUACCAAUUGACAAUAAUCCAGAAGUUUUGGCUGGAGAACAAUUUCCAGGUUUACCAAAUAAUGGAUUGACCUAUAGAAAUGCUCCAACUGAAACAUUGAAAAUGAAUGUAUCCACAAAUAGAAAGAGAUGGCAAUGUACUGGUUUCUAUGCUUUGCCUGGAGCUACUUUGGAAGUUAUCUUGUCCAAUCCAAAGGGUGUGUCCAAUGUCAGAAUUGGUGGACACACUGAUGGAAUUGCACAUCUUGAUUCCUGGAGUAGAUGGCCAUCCAUUUCCAAAACUUUUUCAAUUAGUGCCACAACCAACUCUACUGGAACCAUUACUUGCUUGAAUGGCGGUACUAUUUAUAUUGAAGUCUCUUCAAUUCCACUCUCUGUUGAUGUGACAGUUAUUGGACAAGUUGUUAAAACUCCAUUUUUCAAGGAUGGAAUUCACACCGAUCAAGAAUGGAACAGCACCAUUAGAAAUUAUCCAGGACCAUGGGUUGAGAUUGAAUCAGAACAUUUUGCUUUCAAUGUACAAGCCACUCCAACAGCCAGACAGUUGUCAGAAGUUUCGACUGUGGCCAAAUAUUGGGGAAAUGUUGUGGCCAUGUAUUAUGAACUAUCUCAAAGACAAACAAGAGAUUAUAAGGAAAGAAUGCAAGCUGAUAUUCAAAUAUCUGCUGGCUAUAUGCAUUCAGGGCUAUCCUUUUAUGACUUUUCUAGAUCAGAACGUUGGAACUAUUCUUCCAGACGUUGGGGUCAUUACCACGAAUUGGGACACAAUUUCCAAGAAGGUGCCUGGACAUACGAUCAAUCUGGUGAAGUAACAUGCAACAUCUUCAGUCUCUACCUUGAGGAACACUAUCCAGACAGUGCCAACACCUAUGGUAAAGGUUUCAAUCCACCAAGAGGACUCGAAACAACCUACAAGGGUAACACACAACCAUUUAAGGGUGAUUGGACAAGUGCUGGAUUGCUCUUCUACUUGGAUUUGAUUCAAGCAUUUGGUUGGGUUGCCAUCAGGAAGACCUUUGUUGAUUAUCAAAAGAAUGGACCACAACCACAGAAUGACGAUCAGAAAAGAGAUCAAUGGAUGACGAGAUUUAGUAAAGUGGUCGGGAGAAAUUUGGGACCAUUUUGUGAUGCUUGGAGUUUUCCAGUGAGUGACGCUGCCAAGGCCAGUAUUUCAAAUUUGACAGCUUGGAUGCCAAAUGAUAUGAUUGUUGGAUGUGGUGUUGCUCCAUAUGAAGAUUCACCUUGUGCUUCAUUGGAUCUUUUGGAUACCAUGUUUGGUAAGGAUACAACCUACCAAGUUAAGAUUACAACUUGGACACCAGUGAGACAUUUCUAUGGAGAAAAGUUUGUUUUCACAUUCAGUGGAUCUUCCAUUCCACUCCUCAACAAUGGAACUUUGAAAAUUACAAUGGUAGAAGGAACAGCUUUGAAUUCCACUGCCAUCGUGUCAAAUUCUCCAAAACAAGGAACUGUUUCAAUCACCAUUCCAGUUGUUGAAUUUAUGAAAUCAGGACAAACUAUCAAAUUCACCUUCCAAGCCAAGAAUAAUCCUCAAAUUGGUUCAUUCAUUACAAAAAUCAAAGUUCUCGAUCAAAAGGGAACUCUUGUAAAUACUCCUGAAAGACCUUUGGAAUUUGUGAAUGCAAUUACUUUGGAAUCAUCAAAUCCAAUGCCAUCUACUUCCAAUGGAAGAAAUGCUCAAGUGAGUGGUGCAUUGAUGUGGAAUUACGAUAUUGCCUUAUUUGUAUUCUGCAUUUUACUUUUCACUCAAUUAUUGUAA